UACCAGUAGUUGGUGGGUAAGUAAGGAGUUCCCAUCCAGCACGCACCUCUCAAAAAUUUCGUAACUGACACUCAACAAACAAGCAAAAACCAAAAUAAUGUCAGUGCACAACUCCUCUUCCGUCGUCUUCCUCACAAAAUCACCGUCGCCGGCGGCUCUUUUAUCUCCAUCAUGUAGAUUGAACAUGAUUGAUAGUCGUGAUAAUUACUUUAGGACUAGGAAUUGUAAAUUGAUCAUGCAUUCUAUAAUAGCUGGAAGCAGUGGGAACGGUAGUGGUGGAAGCGGUCCGGCAGGAGCAGGAGGAGGAGAUGGUGGAGUGAAGAAGAAAGGAGUGCCAAAUUCCAAUUAUGUGGUCCCGCUUGAUAAUUCUUUGGCUUCUGCUUACACUUCUUGUAUUACGCGGCCUCUCUCGGAGAUCUUGCGUGAUCUCAAUAAGAGGAUUCCUGAUAACAUCAUUAAGCCUCCUAAUUCCUCUUCCACCCUUAUCCCCUGGUUCCACGCAAACCGCAUGCUCAGCUUCUAUGCUCCUGGAUGGUGUGGAGAAAUACGUGAUGUUAUAUUUGCAGAAAAUGGAAGUGUGACUGUGGUAUACCGUGUCACUAUACGAGGAUCUGAUGGAGAGGCUCAUCGUGAAUCAUCCGGGACGGUAUCAUCCAGUGAUGUUGCCAUUGAAGAUCCAGUUGCUGCAGCAGAGGAAAUAGCUUUCUGCAGAGCAUGUGCCCGGUUUGGGCUUGGAUUGUAUCUGUAUCAUGAGGAGCAGAUACUAUAGAAGACAAGUCGGUCGACCUUAAUAUAUGACCUAGAUUGUUCUCUUCUGAGAUAUCAGGUUAUACGUAAUGCCGCCCGUACAACUGAUGUAUAUUUACAGUAUUCUCAGGUUUGGCUUGGACUUCUGUGGAACAGAGUAUGUUUUAGCUGGCUCAUGAGUUAGAAGAUCUUUCUCAACAAAAUGAUCGAAACCUUACCUCUUAAAGGAAAUUUGGAGAAGAGAGAGCCUUAUUUUAAACUUUGCAUUUGUAAAAUAUGCUGUGGGCGAUUCUUGUAUUUUCUAUAGCAAAUUAGCAAUCUUCCAAGAGGGUAUCAUCCUGAAUGGCUAUUUGUUACAAAGGAGAGUAAGAACAGCUAGAAUGUUUUGAGUAAAAAUCCGUCACAGUUCCAUAA